AUGGCGGUAGGAAGGAUGCGAAGAGCGCCAGAUAGCGGCGUAGCAAACGCAGUGUCCAGCAUCAUCGAGCACCAAAAGUUCAAAAAAAUGCUCGUCUUCGGACUGAGGUCGCUCUCAGACCUGUGUAACCCGUCACUGCAGUUGUACAUGGAAAACGCAGUGGACGCAAUGAACAGAAACGUGGUAACAGGAAUACUGAGCGCAGUACAGAACUUUGGAGACGACGAGGACCUGAUUCUGUGCUCGAGCAUCAUCAUGGCAGCAAUGUCAGAGGGAUGCGUGGAGUACAAGGAUGACCCGUCGGUGGUGAAAAAGCUGGUUACUGACGGAGGCCCGAAGGUGGUGGAGAAGAUUCUUGAAACGAACCCGAACGACGAGGACGUCCUGGACAACUGUUUCAAGUUCCUGGAAAACGUAUCGUCACUAAACGUCCUGUCAAACAAAGGAGUAGAGUUUGUUCCACACCUGUGUGCGUCGUUGGGGAGCGUGAAGACGCUCCCAGUGGCAAACAGGCUGGUGCUGUGCCUGGCAAACCUGUCCCAGGGAAAUGAAGUUAGCGUAGCACUGAAGACAAAUCAGGGAGUGCAGUCACUGCUGGACAUGUGCAACAAGUUCGUAGCAGCAGACAACACGGGAACCUUGCCGCUGGUGGAAAAUUGCUUCAGAGUGUUGAAGUCGCUCUCACAACUUAACCUGAUCGAGCAGCCGAACCUCGAGGGAGUGAUCAUGCUGAUAGAAGCAAGCAAGGAUUCGAACCUGGUUUUGAGCAGAGCAAGCGACGUUAUUAAAUCAGUAGUGGACACGACGAAGCUGAGCAACAGCCUUUCAGUCCUGGAAAAGAGCCAGUACGAAGCACCUGAGUACAAAGUGGCAGUCAACACACUGAGGUGCCUGUCAUACAUUUCAACGAUCCCGGACACACUCGCGAAGGGAGGAGUUAUUCCAAUAUUAGUGAACCUAGUGAAAAAUAGCGCAGCCAAGCUGAGCACGAAUGGAGAGCAGAUCGUGGAGGUGUUGUUUGGAGCGUCGCGCAUGCUCGCAUCAAUAUCAGCAAGCAGCACGGAGUACGGUAAGCAGGUGUUAUCAAGCAAGGGCCUAGAUGUCCUGGUCAACGCGCUUUCGCAGAGUUCGGCGCACCCUAGAGCAGUGUGCGGAAUAUCGUCUGCGCUUUUGCAACUGCUGAAGUACGAGCCGAACUCGUUCGGCAAUGCAGUCUCAGUGGCGCUUCCAAUACUGUACCAGCUGUCGGAAGAUCAGACGGUGUCAGCAUCACUGGUGGAGUUCCUAUCAGCGUCGAGCCAAUACUCGGAGCUGGAGAUGAUCUUCGUGCAGAACAAGGUGCUGGAGAUACUGAGCACAUGCUGCCAGUACCACACGUCGAACCUGCCGUACCAGUUCAACGUGGUCUCGAUACUGAACAGAUUUAGCCGCUUCGUGGAAAACCUGAAGCUGGUUUCAGAGUACGGAGGCCUGCAGGGGAUAACCUAUUCUCUGGCGGAAAACUACAAGGACCCGAAGUACUGCUUGGAGGUGCUGAAUCUCCUGUCAGUCUUCUCAGCAACUACCAACGCAAGCCAAUACCUGACGACGGGGGACUACCUGGUGGCAGACGUGAUCCUGGAGCUGAUGCUGCACUACAAGGACAACGAGGCAGUGAUAGAGCUCUCAGUGAAGAUCCUGGAGGUGCUCCUGACGGAAAAGGACGUGGAAAAGUACGCGCAGCAGCUGCUGAAGGUGCUGCCGAACUCAGUGCAGGACCCAGAAGACACAUUCAAGGCACUGGCAGCACUGACAGGGCUGCACAAAAUAUCGAGACUGCGCCCGCACCUUUCGAAGUACAACGUCCUGACGAACGUGAUGAAGGCAGUAACGGAGUGGGUGGACGUGAACAAGGGAGGAGAAUGGGUGAAGCAGAGAACGAAUCUGACAAAAGCAGCACUCUCCUGCGUAGUAGUGUGCGAAAACAGAGAAAGCAUGCAGGAGAUGCUGCUGACAGUGAGCGAGUUGGCGUGUCUGCCGCAGGUGAAAAAGGUUAUUGACCUGGAGCCGACAGAGGACAACUUCCUGCUUCACUGCACAGGAGCAAUGGUAACCCUGUGCGGAAUGGAGAGGCAGUACGAAGAGGAGGAGAUGCACCAAGCAGUGGAAAGCAUAAACAGAGUGAUGAAGAGACACCAGGACGUGCGCCAAGCCCAGGCGUCGCUGCUGGAGGCUCUGAAUAAGCUGAUCGAGCAGGCAGAGAAGUUGUGCAUAGUAGCGCUCCUGACGACAGCAUGCCUCGCAGGAAUCGUUAAUUACCUGAGCAGCGUGCCGAUGUACCUAAACUUGCAGCUCCUGGGAAUAGGGCUGAUCUACAAGUGCUCGCAGCUGGACGAGGAAGUCCUCGAGGUCCUGAAGAAGUGCAACUGCUUCCAGCUGCUGAGAGUGGUGAACAGGAUGCACACGAAGAGCAAGAAGCUGAGAGCAAUGGUAGGAUCACUAAUAUCGCUCCUGAUGCCAGCAGACGCACUGGAAACGGAGCUUGACCAGCUGUUGAAGGACCUGACCAACUACGUUAACGACAAGGACUACGAGGGUGUGCACACGUGCCUAGUGUCAAUAAACCAGCUCCUGGUGUCGAAGGACGCAGUCAAGGUGGCAGUGAAGCUGAACAUGGCGCCGCCGCUGAUGGAGGCCUUCAAUUUCACGCUCAAAAACAGCGCACUGUUCAACUCGGGAGGAGAGAACUUGUUCGAGCAGACGCUCCUGGAGCUGUCGCUGGCGGGAACGAACAUGCUGAACAGCAGAAUAGGUCUGGUGUACGCAACGAAGAAUAACUUCGUCUCAUUCUUCCUGACGCUGUUUGCGACUUCAGCAAGUAACCAGAAGGGAGUCUUCGAAGAUGGAGUGGUAAACUCUCUGGACGCCCUGGUGACGCUGUUCAAGCACGACGUGGCGAACAUUGACGUGGCCUUCAAGGAGGACCUCCUGGCGAAGCUCUCAACCUGCUUCACGAAGGUGCUGAACAGCCCGAACAUCGUGUCCUCGAUGUGCAAGUGUCUGGGCGCACUGUGCGCAAGCCCAGGAAAGGUGGACAAGCUGCUCAACAACUCGGACUUCCUGAAGUUCUCGAACUACCUGGUCAACAACCUGGACCACUCAGCAAGCGACUUUAGCUCAGUGCUCACGUCGCUCACAGCACUCGACGAGCUCCUGAGUACAAAGUACCAGCCGCUUAUCGAGUACUUUGACAACAACACGAAGGUGCUGCCGAACCUGUUCACGCUGCUGGACGUGUGCUACAAUAACCCGGAAGCAGUCGCGAAGGUGUGCAGCCUGAUCUCGUACUUCGAUAAGAAGCUGACGCUUAAGAGAUUGACGGACCUGAGGAAGUUCCUGGAAGUGGUGUCUAAGGCGCUCACGACGAACAAGGGAGACGCGGAUGCAGUAGUCGCGCUGCUGACGCUCCUGGUGCAGCUGCUGGACGACUCCAACAAGGAGGUGUUCAAGGGCACGAGCGUAGUGGAAAGCAUUUCGAGCGUGAUGAUGCUGCACUUCGAAAACGACACGGUGACGAAGCUCGGAGGAGUGCUGUUCGGCUUCCUGGGAGCGGAGGUGCAAAUAAGCGCAAUGAUGAGGAACGUAAUCAAGAUCGUGGAGACGAAGGAGGAGAACAUGGGCCAGAAAGUGGAUAAGCUGUGCCUGCUCCUGUCCAUGUACCUGAGUAGCAGCCUGAAGAACAGAGGAGAGGCGCUGAAGCACACGGAGCCGUUCCUGACGAGUCUGAACCAGUGCGUGUCGUACCUGGCAGAUAACAGCAACCUGGUCUUCAGCACGAGCUGCGUGUCAAGAAAGCUCUGCGACUCAGCCUUCGAAGAUCACGAGGACUCGUUCGGAGCAUGGGCAGUGACCAGCACGAGCAACAUGUCGACAAUAGCGUCGCUGGUGAAGACGGAGUACGGCUACAGCAACGCAAAGUUCCUGACGCACGCAUUCAGAGUCUUCACGGCCUGCGUGUACAACAAGUACACAGCAGAAACGAUGCUGGCAGAGUCAGAAGGGCUGAUGGUGAAGACAGUACAGGUCCUGGAGAGGUACCAGGAGAACGCAGAGCUGGUGUCGAACGUGCUGGAAUAUCUGCUAUACCUGUCGAACGCAGCGGUGGUGCCGGAAUCGAGUCCGAAUACAGUGCUGACCGGAGUGAGCAUAGUGCUGAGUAACGUGGGAGGACCAGUGGAGCUGGUGACGAACACGAUGAUGGCGAACAAGGCUAACGACGCACUGGUGAUACUGGGACUGAAGCUGCUGUCAAACCUGGUGAGCGCCAGCACUGAGUUGGAUAAAAAGGAGGUAGCCAGCAGCCUGGAGACUUGCGAACGCCUAUGCAAAAUUACCCCAAAAACAUCACAGUCAGAAACACCAGAACAAAAGAAGAGUGCCGAAAACAGGUACAGCUACUACCUUCAAUACUUUAACUCGGCGUUCUCUAACGGGUACCUUGAAGGUCAAAUGACAGGAGACAGAGUAGUGAAUAUGCUCUUGCUGUUCGAGGCAAACGGAAUGGAAAACGUGAAGCCGGUGCCAUACGCACUGUUCGUGUUGAACGCAGCAGUAUCAGACCUGUUGGGAACACUGGAGAAGAUGGGAGGAGUGCGCAGCCUAAUAGACAUGUUCGAGAAGCUACUGUUUAACAACAAGCCGCUGUCGAGAGAGGAGCUGAUAGAACUGCUGACAGGAAUUAACGACUCCAUGACCAGAGACCCUCUGAAGGCAGUGCUGGUGCUGAAGGACCUGCUGCCAAGGCUGCUUAAAACAAACGAGGAGCUGCUGACAACGGACAAGGAAGUAGUGGACUUGCUGCUGACAGGGCUGGUAACAGGAGCGCAAGUUAAGGGCGUGGGAAGAAUACUGCACAGCGUAGAGUACCUUAUUAAGUACCUGGAAACAGUAAAGAAACUAAGUCCGGAACUGGUGAAGACGCUGCUGGACCUGAUGAACAAGGACCUCCCGAAAAAGAAGACGUGCCAAACAGUGUACGAGAACCUGCAGGAGUUGCUCGGAGUAGAUGGGUCGUCGGAGGCGGAGCCGACAAACUACUCACCGGUAACGCUGAAGGACGUGCUGCUGAUGGAAGAUUACAAGUUCGUCCUGGAAUCACUGUCGAAGUAUAACUCUAGAGUGCUCAAGGGAUCAGAGGCGGAAGCGAAGGACUUCGGGUUCGGGUGCAAAUGCGUGGACCUGUGGUCGAAGUGCGCCGAAAACCCUGAGGUCAUGGCAAAGACGGCGCUGACAGCAGUGAUGAUAUCAGCAAUGGGUAAGCAGACGGACCUGCUGAUGCUGGACUCGCUGGUGCAGUCGAUGUGCACGUGCUGUAAGACGAAGGACCAGCUUUUGCAAUUCGUGUCAAACAAGGAGCUCGUGUCAACAGUAGACCACUUCCUAGUGAAGGUGUACCAGAGAAGGCUGGUGACAACGGGCUCGGGAGCAGAUGAGAAGACUGAAAAUCUGGCCUACGAAAACGUGCUCUUCAACACGAUGCUCCUGGUGGACCUGACGGCAGUAAACAGGAAGGUGUACCUGAAGACGAACGUAAUACCGAGCCUGAUGGACGUGUGGAGCCUGUACGAGCAGGGCAAGUACUCGAAUCAGAAGAUACUGAGGCAGGUGUUCCGCAGCCUGAGAAAGGUGGUUUCAGAAGAGAACGUACAGCUGAUGAUGAAGUGCAAGCUGGUGUCAAGAGUAAACAAAAUAUUCUCAGAGCUUAUAUCAACGAAGGAACAAAAGAAGUCAACACAAGUGUCAGCGACAGGAAUCAGCAAUCUUAACGAGGCAAUGAUACCGGACGCACUGUUCCUUAUAGGAAGCAUGGCAAUCAUACUGGAGAUAAAGGAGGAAAUCGUCAACAUACUGCUGCUGGAUAAAAUCAUUGAGUUGCUCGAAAGAUACAUAAAGAUGGGAAGCAGCAACGCAAUAGUGACCAACUGUUGCCUGGCGCUGGCGAACAUUUGCGUGGACUACAAGCCGGCAUCGGACAAGUUCAUGGCAAUGAAGGGACCACAGUUGAACCUGGACGCGUUCGUCAACUUCAAGUCGAGCUACGAAGUAAUCAACGGAGCGUCGAUCCUGCUGUGCAACGUGCUGUACAAGAAUGACAGGCUGAAGGAGAUAUACGGCAAAAACGGAACACCAGCAGCACUGGUAGAGUGCCUGUUGAACUUCGUAAGCGCAACUGACGCAACGGGUUUGAGGUGCAUGGAGUCGCUGUUCAAGGCGGUGUCAAAUCUGGGCCUGUUUGCAAAGAAUCUGCAAUACUUUGUUGAGGCGCAAAUGGAAACGGCAUACAAGAAGUGGCUGACCAAGGUCACACACACUGCAAACUAUGACAUGCAACUGGUGAGAGUGGGAUUGAACUGCCUGAGUAACCUGGUGGUGGAGAAAAACCAGGACUACAUGAAGAAGUUCGGAGUGUUCAUGGAGGACCUGGUGCUGCUACUCAACCUGGACGUCGGAGACCCGAAGCUGGUGUUCCUGACUCUCGACAUACUGAACAACCUUUGCAGAAGCAAGGACAACUGCGUCAAAUUCAUAGACCUCGACGGAAUAUUCGCAGCAGUGAAGAACAUGAGGAAGAUGAACUACGAUUUGGAAGUGAUAGUAACGGGAAUACACCUGUUCAGCCACCUGGCGUUCGACAACGGCACUGUCAAGUUGCUGGAGAUUGACAUAUUCUCCUUCCUCCUGGAGAUACUGACGCAGGCGACGGAGAUCAACGACGUGCUCAUAAGCAGUUUGCGCUGCCUGAGGAGGCUGAUCCAGAGCCCAGAGAUGGUGUACCUGCUCUGCUCGCAGGACGGCCUCGACACGCUGAUCAAAUGUAGCAACAGAAUGAAGGACCAGAGCAGCGUCCUGGUGGAGUCAAUCCGCGUAGUGCUGGGCAUGCUGUACUACACAGACCCGUACGCGAAGACUAGCGGAUACGUGUCCGGAGGAGCCCAGAAGACUCCGCUCCCACAAGCCACUGACGAUGCCAGUACUGUUAUGGGAAGCGAUUCGGACGAGGACAUGGGCUGGGAGAACAUUGGAAUGAACGUGAACAACAUCAUCGACAUCAUCAAGUUCAGCUGCCACGUAGCGAAGCUGGAAUCGUGCGUCAAAAUGUCAAGGCUGCAGUCGUCAGUAAUUUCGAUCUGCGUCUACUUCAUGUCAUGCGGACUCUGCGGAGAGGAGCUGGCGCUGAACGGGUUCUCGAACAUACUGUGCAGCUUCGUCACGAGCUUCUGCCAGGGAAACGCAAGUCUGAGUCUUCUGGCAGUGUCGGCGCUGGAGGCGAGUCUGAACUACCCUCUGGACCUGAGGUCGAACAUAGUGACCAAGGAAGUCCUGAAGAAAUACAGAGACCUGUCGCACGUGAUAUCAGACAAGCAACUGAAGGCCAGGUGCUCGAAGCUCCUGGAACUAGUGGGCGACAGUGAAAUUCCAUCAAAAGAAAUACAUAAAUUCGAUUUGGCAAUAAGCGACUGGAACGUGGAUCCAUACCCGAACGGAGUGCACGACUUGGCAGAGUCAAUGAAGGAAUUUUUGAGAACGGGAGGAAAAUUCCAACUCGUAGUACCAACAACAGAUAGCACAAAGAAGAAGCCGAAGAAAGGAAAGGAAUUUGAGCACACAUGGAGAGCAAGCCAGGACCUGUCAAACCUCGAGUGGAUCUUUGAUCCGACUCAGGAAAAAAACAAGAUAGCCUUCAUGAGAGUGCGCAACAUAUCGAGAGGACUUAAACACGACCUUCUGAUCAAGGCCAACGAGAAGGACUACAAGAGAAUAACAAACCAAAACACGCUCGUGCUCCUGGGCUCGGCAACUGACGAGUACCCGCAGGGAUUCGCCCUUCCCAUGGUGUUCAAGAGCAACAAGGACCGCGAACUUGUGGCCGAGGCGUUCAUCCAAUGGCGUGACGCAGCCUCAUACAACUAG